UCGCUUGCAAUGAACAAUUUCGCGCCCGGAGAGUACGAGAGUGUAGGUGUCGGUUUGCGCUCUCGGGAACCUAUAGUACUGGCUAAUCCUCGCACGAUCAACACAAGGUAGUGGUAGCCAAUGCGGAUAACAACUCGCGGACGGUGCGCCGUUGCAAUUUACUCGUGCUGUGUCUCCCUCCAGUGCGACCGAACCGUCAAGUAGUGAUCAUCAAACGCAUUAACCGAGUGACGUCGGUAAUAUAUCAGCGAGGUGCGUAAAGCAUCAACUGUCAGUCCUUCGCUCCCCGAGGUGCCGAGCGGAAUAAAGGCAGUGUAGUGCGGGCAAACCGCGAGCCGUUCGUCUGCCAUCCAGCGAAAAUCCAAUCGGUGAGACCUACACGGUGUGUCCGGUAAUACCGUCCGGUUUUUGGGGAUCCAUUUUGCAUUGGAGCGUUUUGGGAUUGCGAUAUCGGAGUGUUAUGCGUGUUUGCCGGUUGUACGUGCCAGUGUGUAGUAAUAGAGUCGCCUGUUGGUUGACCAAAGUGGACGCACCGAAGCUACACCAACGAGGGCCCGGAUUAUGAAGUCAUUCGCAUACCUGUUGAUCGUGUGUGGAUGCUCGGUAUGGACGGUGCAGUCCCUGCCGCAGACGGUGGUACAACGUGAUGCACUAACCGAAGAGCAGAUUGUGGCCGCACUCGAGAAAUACGAUCGCGAAGUUAAGUACCACUGCAAUCGCAAUGCCAUCGCCAACUGGAACGUGGCCACCGAUACGGAGAACGUGACACUACAAGAAGUGCAGAACAAUGUCUCGCUGGAGUACGCCAAGUUCCGGAAUGAGUACUACGAACAGUACUUUAAGGAUGCCAUCGUCGAGAACUACAAGGAUGAGAAGGUAAGGAAGCAGCUACGAUUACUAAAGGAUCUCGGGACGGCGGCCCUCCCGGCGGCGAAGCUGGAGGCCUACAAUCGGGUAAUGCGCCGAAUGGAUUCAGCCUAUCAGCUGGCGGAGGUGUGUCCGUACGACAACCAGAACUGCCAGCCGGGCGACCCCAAGUGGACCCUUGAUCCGGAGCUCGAGCGUGUGAUGGCCGAAUCGAGUGACUACGAUGAGCUAGUGUACGUGUGGCGCCGUUGGAGGGAUGAGUCGGGGAAAAAGAUGCGCACCGAUUAUCUGGAGUACGUUGGAUACGUUAAUGAGGCGGCGCAUUUGUCGAAUGGUUACGAGGAUUACGGUGCUCUCUGGCGCUCAAAGUAUGAUGAUCCGAAAUUACGUGAAACGCUGGAGCGUUUGUGGCGCGAAGUAGAACCACUGUACGAUGAGCUGCACACGUACGUGCGCUACCGUUUGUUCGAUCUGUACGGUGAUCGAAUGGACCGAGACAAUCCAAUGAUACCGGCGCAUCUACUCGGCAAUAUGUGGGCUCAAUCGUGGUCCAAUCUGUACGAUCGCAUUAAACCAUUCCCGAACGCCAGUCUGGUGGACGUAUCGGCAAAGAUGCGGCAGCUCGGCUACAACGCGACCAAGAUGUUCACGAUGUCGGACGAGUUCUACCAGAGCCUGGGAUUACCGAGCAGUGCCAUGAGCUAUGGACCGAAGGCGGUGAUCGAGAAGCCCCCGCAAAAGAUCGUGUGUCAUGCGUCGGCCUGGGAUUUCUGUGACGGCGAAGACUUUCGCAUCAAGAUGUGCACGAACGUGAACAUGGAGGACUUUAUCACCGUACACCAUGAGAUGGGCCACAUCAUGUACUACCUGUUGUAUAAGGAGCAACCGCAACUCUUCCGGACAGGCGCUACGCCCGCUUUCCACGAAGCGGUCGGCGAUACGAUCGCACUUUCGGUGGCCACUCCGAACCACCUGCGGAAGGUGGGUUUACUCGAUGAGUACGCCGACAGUGAGGCGGACAACGUGAACGCCCUGUUCGAGAUGGCACUCGAGCGGGUAGCGUUCCUACCGUUCGGUUAUCUGAUCGAUAUGUGGCGCUGGGACGUGUUCAGUGGUGCGGUCAACGAAAGCAACUGGAACGCCCACUGGUGGGAGCUGCGCCAACAGUACCAGAAGGUGUACGCACCAAUCGAACGCACCGAGCAGGACUUUGAUCCGGGUGCGAAGUAUCACAUUCCGGCCAGCUCCCAGUACAUUGCCUACUUUUUGGCCCACAUUCUCGAGUUCCAGUUCUACCGGUCGCUCUGCAUUGAAGCCGGGCAGUACGAUCCAACGAGCAGCUCCACGGAACCGUUGCACAAGUGUGACUUCUUUGAGAGUAAAGCGGCGGGCGAAAAGCUGCGCGAAGGACUGUCGCUGGGGUACAGCGAAGAUUGGCAGGAUGCGCUCGAGAAACUAACGGGCCAGCGGGAGAUCAGUGGCCAGGCGCUGCUCGAGUACUUCGAGCCGCUGUAUCGCUUCCUUAAGGAAGAGAAUCGUAAGUUCAAAACCGCGGAGAUGGACCACAUCGUCGAGCGGUACAAUGGAGAGUAUUCGGUGGCCUGCAAUCGGCAGGUGAAGGCACAGUACGCAACGCAGGUCGAUGUGGGCAAUCCGGUGCUUCAGCAGCAACUUGCCGAGGUGCUCGCCACCAACACGCAGUUUGUGUUGGAUAACUACUAUCGCUACUUUGCCGACAUGGAUCCGAAUGCGUUCGCCGAUCCGAUGGUAAGCCGGCAGCUGAAGUUCCUAACGCAAAUAUCGAUCAACAAAUUGUCCUUCGAAGAUCGUAGUAAGCUACAAGCUGCACUUGGUAGGAUGCAGAAUACGUACAGCACGGCCAAGAUCUGCCCGUACACCGAGCGGCAGUGUGCGAGCGGUAAGCUGUCGCUCGAUCCGGAACUGUACGAGAUUAUGGCCAAAUCGACAGACUAUGACGAGCUGCUGUACGUGUGGACGGAAUGGCGUCGAAAUACCGGUCGUACCAUGCGUCGUGAUUAUGCCGAUUACGUCGAGGUAAUGAACCGGGCGGCCAGCUACGGUGGCUACGCAAACAUGGGCGAACAGUGGCGUUCGGCUUUCGAGCAGGAUAAUUUCGUGGAGACGAUGGAACGGCUGUGGAGUGAAGUCGAACCGUUCUACGGUGAGCUGCACAAAUACGUCCACCGACAGCUGAAGGCAAUCUACGGCAAUCGCAUGACGGAUGGUGCUGGUAAGGACACUAUACCGGCUCAUCUGCUCGGUAACAUGUGGGCCCAAUCGUGGGCUAAUCUGUACGAGCGGACGAAACCCUUUACUGGAACGGUCGAUCUGGAUAUUACCGAGGCACUGAAGGCGAAGAACUAUACCACGAAGCAGUUGUUUGAGAUUGCGAACGAGUUUUACGUUGGGCUGGGGCUGCCGGAUAACAGUAUGAGCUACGAUGUGAACCGCGGGGCGUUGAUCGAGAAGCCGACGGAUCGAGAUGUCACGUGUCACGCAUCGGCGUGGGACUUUUGCGAUCGUGAGGACUAUCGCAUUAAGAUGUGCACCCGAAUGAACAUGGAGGACUUUGUGACGAUCCAUCACGAGAUGGGUCACAUCAACUACUACAUUCUGUACAAGGAUCAACCGGUAACGCUGCGCAGUGGUGCUAACCCCGGGUUUCACGAAGCCGUUGGCGAUACCAUCUCACUUUCCGUGGCCACACCGAAGCAUUUUGAGAAGAUUGGUUUACUCCAAGGGUAUGAAGACACGUACGAGGUGAACAUUAAUGCGCUUUACCAGAAGGCACUGGAUCGUGUGGCGUUCCUGCCGUUCGGGCUGCUGAUUGAUAUGUGGCGCUGGGAGGUAUUCUCCGGGAAGGUGCCGUACGAUCGGUGGAACCAGCGGUGGUGGGAACUGCGUGAAAAGUACCAGAAGGUGUCAGCACCAGUCGAACGGGAUGGCAAUGAUUUCGAUCCCGGUGCCAAGUAUCAUAUUCCGUACGAUAGCCAGUAUGUGUCCUACUUCAUCGCACACAUUCUCGAUCUACAGCUACACAAGGCGCUCUGUCUGGUGGCCAAUCAGUACGAUCCAAAGGAUCCGGCGAAACCGUUGCACAAGUGCGACAUCGAUGGAUCGCGUGCGGCCGGCGAACGGCUGCGUGCCGGCCUGUCGCUUGGCCGAUCGGUACACUGGUCGGAAGCGCUAAAGGCGAUGACGGGCGAGACGGAGCUACGGACCGAUGCACUGCUCGAGUACUACAAACCGUUGUACGAGUUUCUGAAGGAAGAGAACGCCAAAGCGGGCGGUCCGCGUACGGCCACUGGUGGGUCGUUGGCGUUCGUGUUGUCGAUGAUGUGCGGUGCGAUUAUGGUUGCUACCCUUCGGAUGUAUUAAGCUACUAUGAAUGAGUCUUUCACGUUCCUUUCUCCUAACCCAGACCCCUUGGCUUUUGCGUAAUGCGAUCAAUGAAGCGUAACCCGUUUGUUGUUACCGCUUGAUUCCACGCUCUACGCUGAGCAUUAACCCCGCGACGAUUGUAUGUAAAUAGAUGGAACAGCGAGCGGUUGAGCGAGUGGCCGACGGGCAUCGGGCUUAUCACCGGAAGAGAUGGUUUGGCGGGUGCUACUAUGGCAUGGUGAAUGGUCGAUGCUUCGUGAAAGCGAACUGGCGCCGUAUUGCGAUGGUCAGUGAACACCAAUUGAUAGCGUUAACGAGGUUAAUUUAACGUCACCGAAGGUUUCGCGGGGGUCUGUGGUCAUCGGUGCGAGUUGCCAUCAGCAAUAGUGGCAUCUUCUAUUGAUGCAAAUAUGAUUAUGAAGUAAAAGGGGAAUAAAUUUCUAGGCUAAUGUA